CCCCUUUCUAUUGAUUCCCCCAUCGAUCUCAUCUCCCCUUUCUUGUGCUCACAAGCUUCCCCUUGAUAGCUUAGCUUAGCUUCUCUCUCUACCUUUCCUUUGAGCUAGCUCCUUGUUUCUCUCCUGUUCAUAGAACUCAAGCUCUUCGAUCUGCAGUGCAGUCCAUAGUGUUUGUACGUAAGAGAGAGAGAGAGAGAGAGAGAGAGAGAGAGAGAGAGAGAGAGAGAGAGAGAGAGAGAGAGAGAGAUAGAUCAUGGUGGAUCAUGGUGUGAAAUCAGCUGAGCAAGGCGACUUGUUCCUGCCUCCCGGGUUCAGGUUCCAUCCCACAGAUGAGGAGGUCAUCACAAGCUACCUCCUGCACAAGUUCUUGAACCCUAGCUUCGCCCCGCGGGCCGUCGGGGAGGUGGACCUCAACAAGUGCGAGCCAUGGGAUCUCCCAAGCAAGGCGAAGAUGGGGGAGAAGGAGUGGUACUUCUUCUGCCACAAGGACAUGAAAUACCCGACGGGCAUGCGCGCCAACCGCGCCACCAAGGAGGGCUAUUGGAAGGCCACCGGCAAGGACAGGGAGAUAUUCAAGCCUGCAGCCUCAUCUUCUGCUCGCGAGCUGGUAGGGAUGAAGAAGACGCUCGUGUUCUACACGGGAAGGGCUCCUAGGGGCGCCAAGACCAACUGGGUCAUGCACGAGUACCGCCUCGACGGCAAAUCCAGACACGACAAAGCAAUCGUACGCUUCAAUCCCAAGGAUGAAUGGGUCGUGUGCAAGGUGUUCCACAAGAAAGGGGAGGCCAAGAACGCCGCCGCCGUGGAGUACUCUGCCGGAACGCCCAACGUCAGCUCGGUGUCGGUGGACGGCGGCGAGGGCGACGACUUUCUUGACUCCCUGAUCGAUCCCAGCUUGUACUUCAACUCCGCCGCCGGCAGUUUGACCAGCACGACGACCAUCAACGCCGCGGCGCCGUACAACGCGGACUACCCCAUUUCCGCCGCCGCGGGAACUACGACCACGAGUAGCUUCGUCGACCUGCCUAACUACAGCUUCAAGGACACAAUAACAAGUAGCAACCUGCACCAGGUGCCCGUUCCCAAUUCAUCAACAGCUCCAAGAAGCAGCAGUAGCAGUUACAGCUCCUCGUGGAACAUGCUUCACGCAGAGCACGCAAUGGGAAUCUACAACCUGCAUCAUCAGCAGGCAAUGAUGGUGAAAGCUCUAGGAGGGGCCAUUGCUCCAAAUUCUGCUGGUCUGUCCAAGUGUUUACAGAGCUCGUCGGCGACUGGAGUUUUGCAGCAGAAUAGCUCUAGGGAGCUAUGAUCAUCCUCAUGACAGUUAUAUUAGUGCUACUACUAGUGCUGCUGGUACUGCAACUACUGGACCAGCUGCUAAUAAUUUGGGUGGUCGGCUACUGAUCAUGCAUGGAUACUUGGUUUUUGGUGACUGUUAGUUGCUUUGGUUCAUUAGUUCAUUGUUUGAGUAUCAUAAUUGUUUUUUUUCAGGUGUUAUAGAAAAAACAAUGUUUGUUUGUGAGAAUUUGUUGCUUGCUGGUGCUGAUUUUGUCGAGGCACACAGUUUUGGAACUUGCUAUAUAUAAUUCCAAAUCUAUUUGUUGA